AUGUUGGUCGCUCGUUCGUAUCGUGCUUUGUUUAGCAAACAAGUGAACGAUUUGGUGGUGAAUCCAUCAUUGAGAUACAACUCCACAAUCUUUGGAUUAUCGUCAGGUUUCGGAAAAUGUGGAGUAGCAGUAAUACGUGUUUCCGGAUCAGCGUCACGAUCUAUCGUCCAGAAAAAGACACGCUUAAAACCGUUUCCAGAACCUCGGCGAGCUUUGCUGACGAAAAUUUUCCAUGGCAAAACAAAUGAAAUGAUAGAUCGGGGACUGUUGCUGUGGUUUCCUGGUCCAAACAGCUUCACCGGGGAGGAUACGGUUGAAUUUCAAGUACACGGAGGCACAGCAAUAGUUUCCGCCAUGUACGAUAGCUUAGCUUCGUUCCCCGACACAAGGAUAGCCGAGCCGGGCGAAUUUACUAAACGCGCAUUGUACGCCGGCAAAAUGGAUCUAACGGAAGUGGAAGGUUUAGCGGAUUUAAUACACGCCGAAACAGAAGCGCAACGGAAGCAAGCAUUGCGACAAGCGAACGGUCAGCUUUCGUGUUUUUACAACACUUUGCGCACUCGGCUAGUCAAUGCUAUUGCUAGUAUUGAAGCUUACAUUGAUUUUUCCGAAGACCAAGUUGUCGAUGAUAGUGUACUAAGCGGUGCCGUGCUGAAGAUUGAAGAAGUCAUCGACGAACUGAAGGUGCACCUUAAUGACAAUCGACGUGGCGAACGGCUUCGAAACGGUGUUCGAACAGCAAUCGUUGGAGCGCCAAAUGUAGGAAAAAGUAGCUUAAUCAAUCUGCUCAGCCAGCGCAACGUUUCGAUCGUUACGAGUAUUGCCGGAACAACAAGGGAUAUCGUAGAGUCGCAUUAUGACAUUGCAGGAUAUCCAGUCAUUCUUGCUGACACUGCCGGAUUACGGGCGGACACUGAUGAUGUGGUUGAAUGUGAAGGUAUUGCACGUGCUCGAACGUACGUUGAAUGUGCCGAUCUGCUAUUGUUGGUAGUGGAUGCUUCUCGUAUCGGACCGAUCGAUAGGAUGGAUGCUUUUAUAGGAGAAUACAUACAAGCGCUCGGGAUUGAAAAGCAUUUGAUGUCCCGUAUACUGAUAGUCCUUAACAAAUGUGAUUUGUUGGACAAUGUUACGCUUGAACGGCUGAAAAACAAUACCACCUUGAGUUGCUUGUCCUGUGUGAGUGAGACAGGUUUAGCAGAGCUUAUGGAACGUGUAAAAGUUCGUCUGGAGCAGCUGUGCGGUAAUCCCUCCGUGGAAAGUCCUACUAUAAGCCAGGAACGGCAUCGUUUCCAUCUGAAGCAGUGUUUAUCGCAUCUUGAGCGUUUUCUAGACUAUUUCAAGGAAACAACCGGAACGGAUCGCGAUCUAGCUAUCGUUACGCACCAUUUGCGUAAUGCGGUACGUUGCAUUGGAAAGAUUACCGGUGCGAUCGAAACGGAAGAGAUACUUGAUGUAAUUUUUAGUACAUUUUGCAUAGGCAAAUAA